ACCAACCGUCUCGACCGCCCCUCCCUCCCCCAUACCCAUCUUAUCCUCUGCUCAAUGAGAAUUGAAUAUUCACGACCUUCCGAGCCCACAGGUGGAUUGGACGGACUGGCUGGACUCGGCUUCUACUUCUUAGCUUGGUCCAAUUUCUACCCUUCCUUCCCCAUCCAUACCUAUCCCACCUUCCAUGGUCCCAGUCCUCUUACUACUGGCGCUCUCAUUUGCUGUCUUGCGCUGCUAGAUCAGCUGUCACCGUCGAUGAUCACCUCUUAUGCAUCUCAAAGUGUGUUUCAUCUAUCUCCCAUCCUUUCUAUUUUUCUUGUUGUUGGGAUAUCUUGAGCCUUGACUUCUUGGAUAUAUCAACUCUUUCAAACACUCUAUCUUCCAUAUUCGCCUUCUGCUAGACUCGAUUGUGGUGACGUGGGACUACACGAAACACCUACCAUCCAAUCCAUUCAUUGACUUUCCACAAACCACCCAUCUCCCCGGUUGAGAUCGAGUCACUGAGUUCCUGACAAAUCAUCUCUUCUCGAACAUUAAAAAAAAGGAAGAAAGAAAGAAA